CUUUCAUCAUAAAUAGAAACCAGUUGUCUCUGUCUGGGCACUGGUAGAGGCCGAACAAACAGCCCGCGCUUACGCAGGUUGUCGACCUCCACGUUACUUCGUUGCAAGACAUGUCGGACGCCGUCUCCAUCAGAUCCAUACGCAGUGCACCUCCAAGUUACGACACCGCACUUCUUCAACGGUUGACUCUAGAUGAAGAAGAAGUAGAAGAACCCCCCAGAGUUGUAACUGAAGCAUCAUUGGUGGUGUUAGCUCCACCGACCAAUGUAUCAACUGAUACGCUCGUUGAUCCCACGACAAGAAACAUCUCAGCUGACGUCGAAGCAAGAGGACCAUUCACAUUCUCACCGUUCGGUCCGAACGCUAUGCUGCUCUUGCCUCACACGCUCUCUUCGAAUUCACGUCCUCUAUAUCAUAUCUCUGUCUCGAACGAUUGCUUCAGACCUCAGGUAUUCACCACCGUUAUUCGCAGAGGAACAGAGCAAGGCCAGGUUAUUGCGAGAAUUCAGUUCAGUCUUCCGAAUUUCCUUCAACGCUCUUCCGCUGAUGCGCCACCCGGCUCAGGGCGGCCUAGGGUGGCUCAUCUUGAUAAUAUACAUUUCAAACGUGAAAGGUUGCAAUGGGAGUGGCAUUUUGACAAGAGCAUGCCUCUCGUGUGGCAAUCAAAUUGUCAGGGAAAAACAGUGAUUUCCGUCCAGUGUGCUCAGUACGGGGUGAGGAACCCUCCGAUUCUGGCUACCUUCGUUCCGAGCAACAAAAGGGGACAGCUUCAGACAUUGGAUAUUACUUCGGCGGGGCGACCUUUUAUGGACAAUAUCGUGAUUUCAUGCCUUGCAACAGAGGGGAGAAGAACUACCAAGCAUGAUAAGUGAAGUUAGAGAUACCAUCUUCAAUGGUAUGCAGACCCCGCUGUGAUAUCCCCAUGCCCCAUGCCCUACACAUAUGUAAUAACCAACAGAUGCUGCCAUAUUUAUGCCAUGAGAGCAAUGUGUUUGAGCUCACUGCCAGACGUGAGUUAGAUCUGGCUUCGGGGUAGUUUAACUUUUGGUACUCACUUCUGAACCUGUUGUCCAACUUUCAUCGGUUCAUAAACCGUAUGCUGAUAGGCUGUCUGAUUCGAAUUGAACGCAUUUGCACGUUCAGAUAGCUCAGGUAGCGCAACAAGGUCAUAAUCGGACGAGAGGUGCCAGAAAAAUGUUGAUGAUAUACGAAUAAGCGGCCGGUCAGGAUGGCUCUCUUUACGCCGCUCGACAGUCU